AUGGCCAUAGUUGCUGAUUCUCCAUCAAAUUCUGACCGAAUCACAUUUGAAGUUCUCCUUCUCCCUGCUCUACUGCCGGCGUUUUGCCAACGCCACUGCCUGCCGGUUGCUGACUUGCUGUGCUGCCCGCUGCCGCCGCCUCUUUCUACCGCCUACCGAAAGAUGAAGGUGAAGAAGCAAAAGCGACAUCGCAGAGCUGUGAGAUUUUACACAGCUUGCUUCGGGUUUAGAGAGCCCUUCAAAGUUCUUUGCGAUGGAACUUUUGUGUACCAUCUUCUUGUGAACCGCAUCAUUCCAGCUGAUACUGCUCUAGCUAAUAUCCUUGGUGCCACAGUCAAAAUCUUCACUACAAGAUGUGUUCUUGCAGAGUUGAAAAGCCUUGGUGACUCGUACUCUGAAUCGUUUAAUGCUGCCAGUAAUCUUAUAACUGCUAGAUGUGAUCAUGAUAAGAGAAAGAGUGCGGUGGCAUGCAUAACAGAAGUUAUUGGACAAAAGAAUCCUGAGCAUUUCUUUGUUGCAACUCAGGAUGCUGAGUUAAGGAAGAAGUUGCAAGAGAUCCCUGGGGUGCCUGUAAUAUAUGCUCUUAGAAAUUCUCUCUUUCUUGAGCGGCCAUCAGGAUUUCAGCACCAGUUUGCCAAGACUGCUGAAGAAGAACGAUCACAUAUGAAUGAGUGGGAGUAUAAUAUUUUGAAGAAAAAGAAGAAAGCAGCAAUUGAGGAAGCAGCGGAUGCUUCUAAUGCAAAUGAAAGCAAUGAAGAUCAUGCAUUAGAUACUCAGGUUGUCAAGGCAAACAUUAAAAGAGAUAGAACAAAUGUGAAGGAUCAGGUUCAGUUCAAGCGAAAGAGAGCUAAGGGUCCCAACCCUCUAUCGUGCAAGAAGAAGAAGACAGAUGAGAAUAAAAAUGCUUCUUCAGAAAAGGAAAGCAAGAUUGUUGAUAACAGUACGAGAAACAGGAGUAGAAAACGUAAGAGGUUAAGGAAAAGCAAAAAUGUCAACGAGGCAACUGUUUAA